AUGAGCUCUGAAAAUGAUUCAGAGACACCCCGGAUACCAGAGAGGCCACGAAGAUCCGAAGGGGAACAGCAACAUACUGCUGUUCCAGAUGUGCCAAGUAAUAGACCUCUUAGACACCAUACCACCGGAUUUUUGAAACAGGUGCCUCAGGUUCCGCAGAAGAGACCAACGAGAAGACAUACAGAACAACUUGACGUAGCGGUGCAGGAAGCGAAUAGCCAACUAGACCAAUUGCGGACAUUCAUCAAGGAAAAGCCUGAUACCAAGGUCAAAACCGCCAAAACUCCUUUCGGGAGUCACGAAGAUUCCAAAGAGAAUGACUUCGCUGUGACAGGACCGGAUCUGUGCUAUAGUAUUGAUUCGCGCGAAAAAUCUAAAGAAAGCGAAGCGAGCCCUCAAAGGUCUCACAUCAUGUUUAAUUCGAGCGAUGAAAGAAUACAGAGCCCGAAUUUUGACAACUCUGGAAAGAGCUUAAGAGCUACUAAUGAAGAGCCGGUCAAUCAAGCGACGAUGGGAAAACAAGAUACUGAGACACUGAUUGAGGCAUUGGAGCCAGGCAACAAGACACAGGAGUCACCACGAUUAUCUCAGAGCUCUGAAUUGUGCGCAACAGGCCGACCUUUAGAUUCAUCGAAAGCCAACUAUGGAAAUGCGGUUGUUGAUAAACAAGCUGAAUGCCCGGAAAUUGAGCCUUCGAUAUCUGCACGCCAAGAGAGUGAUAUUCAAGGCCUAAGCGCGACAAUUAAACAUGCUCUAAAGCCAGCGGUCGAUGUGGGAGAGAAUUUGAAAGACAUUAGCCCGACAGAAAAUACAGCCAUUACGGGUACUGAAGUUCCACAGUUGACUGAAAAAAAAUGUGAGACAUCAGUGGAGAUAGAGAAAGAUGACGUUUGCCUUCCUCAAGCUGAAGUAGCCCCAAUGUCUGCUAGCUCCAGCGCCGAAGAUCCAGAUUCGGCGGAACAGGACGAAAAGGUCAAACAACCUUCCUCUGAACACGAUGCUUUUGGAAUUCCUGAGAGGCCUACUAAAAAGGCUCCGCCCAAAAAACCUUCUUCAAAGAUCGCCGCAUUUCAGGAGAUGCUCAGAAAACAACAAUUACAAGAUCAAGAUCAAUCAGGAUCUAAGGGUAACCAGCCUGCGGCCGGAAAUUCCAGCCUGAAUGAGAAAAGAGCUAAGAUUACGUCAAAUUUGAAUGGGAUUUUUGGGCUUCCUGGUAUGGUCCCUGGCAGCCAUUCAAAUUCUCAACCACCAACACGAUCAGAUGAGACUGAAAAUCAUAUUAGCUCACUGAGAAAUUCGUCACUACGAGACAGGAAAGAAGUUGAAGUACCACAAAGAAGAGCUAAGGGUCCUCGAGGCCGCAAACUACCUGCACAUCUCGUGGACAUGGAGAAGGUUGAGGCCUGCGGCACAUCAAACGAAGCGCAAGUCUUCAAGGCGUGGUCUAUACAGUUUAUUAAAACGGAUGGAGCAAACACGAACGAAAAGAAUAAAGCCGAUGAAGCGAAGAUGGGAGUUAAUACAUUAGGGGAAGAAUUGACAGGCGGAAAAGACGCAGUUUCCAAAAAAGAGCUAUUAGAGUGA